CAUAUUGCACAUAUGAUGCUAAGGUAAAGCAAAGCCUGCUUCUUCUAUUCCUUUCCUUUCCUUGUCUUUUCUUCCCUUCCCUUCCCUCCCUUUCCUUGUCUUUUCUUCCCUUCCAUUCACUCUCGCUCUUAGCCUCGUUUUCAUUCUCACAUCCAUACCUAUUCAUGAGUAGAAUUUCUAUUCCUUGAUAGAUUUCUACCAUUUUGGUUUUUACUAUUUUGAUAUCCUUCCUCCCCAGCCAGGAUAGCCCAAGGCAUGUGCAACCCCUGAAAGCGCAUUUCUAGGCUGCAGAUUCCAUACGUCACCCCUGCGAACCCCGUAAGAACGCAUCAUAUUUCGUACAUUCAAACCCGAAGCGGACAUCAAAAAAGCCCGAGCACGCGACAGCAGUGCUUAUUGUUUGUUAGUGGUCAGAAAGUGUCUUCAGAGACACUUUCUUACUACUAACAUUCCAAACUCCCAUCGCCACAUUGUUACCUUUUUCCUUCUCUUCUUUGGACCGGGCCUUCUUCAGUAACGAAGCUAUGGAUUACACCGGUAGCAGCCGUGAUGCUCAGCAUCUCUGCGUGCUUGUUCAUGGGUGAGCUAUUCUUACUCCUUGCUCUGCGAACCGUUGUAUGUUGACGAGAUAGACUUUGGGGUAACCCAGCCCAUUUGGAAUCAGUGGCGAAAUCUCUACGAGCGAAACAUUCCGAUGAAUACCUCCAUAUAUUGGUCGCGAAGCGUAACAGCGGAAGCUUCACAUAUGAUGGUAUUGAGUUGGGUGGUGAGAGAGUGACUGCAGAGAUAGAGGAAGAAGUCGAGAAACUUGCGAGAGAGGGUCAAGUUAUCAAUAGGUUCUCUAUCGUUGGGUAUUCCCUGGGUGGUCUUGUAGCCCGUUACUCUAUAGGCUUACUUGAUAGUAAGGGUUUCUUCGAUAAAAUCAAGCCAGUGGUAUGUUGGUUAAUGAAUGCAGGAUUUCACAUUAGACAUUCUGACCUUUUUCCAUAGAACGUGACGACCUUUGCUAGUCCUCAUCUUGGAGUACGCACACCUCUCAAAGGAUCUCUCAAUCAUGUUUGGAACGUUUUGGGAGCAAGGACCCUAUCAACUUCCGGUCGACAAUUAUUUACGAUUGACAAAUUUAGAGAAACAGGAAGGCCGCUACUAGAAAUUCUAGCAGAUCCAGAAUCAAUCUUUAUCAAAGGAUUGGCCAAAUUCGAGAGAAGGACUCUAUAUGCAAAUAUUGUCAACGAUCGAAGCGCUGUUUACUAUACCACUGGAAUAGCAAGCACCGAUCCAUUCACGAAUUUGGAUAAGAUCAAGAUAAAUUACGUGCCAGGUUACGAAGAUGUUAUUCUGGACAGACAAAACCCAGUUUCCCCAUUAGAUGAGACUAGUCUGAAUACCAGCACGAGCUUAAUAGCCAGCACACGGAAGACCUUGGGAAACAUUCCUCUAAUAGCCGCACUAGUUAUCUUCAUCCCAUUCGGUGUUGUCGCUUUUCUCUUGAAUUCUGCUGUUCAGACUGUCCGCAGUAGCAAACGUAUUCGUCUACACGAACAAGGUCUAGCCGGUAUUCAACCUAAAGACUAUCGAUUUCCUCUUCUUAUCAAUGGUAUGCGUGAAGCUGUCGAAGAUGUUUACGAGAAUCUCAACGCUACUCAAAGUAACGAGUAUCUCAACACGCCCUCUGAUUCGGACUCUGAAGAGACAUCCGUCAUAUCUCCUUUGAUUAGAGAACGGACCAAAUCCUUCCAUAGCGAAGUUGCCGACCCUGAGAAAUCCGAUGUCAUUGCUCCUACCUUGGCUUUAGCACCAUACCAAUUUAAAAUGAUAGAAGCAUUAGAUAAGGUAGGUUGGCGAAAGUAUCCGGUUUUUAUUCACAAGGUUAGGCAUAGUCAUGCAGCUAUUGUUGUCAGGGUUGACAAACCAAGUCUCGAUGAAGGACGAAUUGUGUUGAAGCAUUGGCUGGAUGAGGAGUUUAUUUUGUAAUGGAAAGCGAACGGGAGGUUUGAUUUUUGGGAGGUAAGCUGUCAGGAUGUCGACAUUGUCAUGUUUUUUAGAAGAUACCUAGCAGUCUUGGUUCGAGCAUUGGCGUUUUGAGAUUUUAGCAUUAGAGUGUAAAGCACGGAGAGAAUUCGGAGGCACUUUUGAGCUUAGAACUAGUUGUAGAAUUAGAAGAAUUUUUGACUUAAUAUAUGUUUCCAACUACUUGUAUGGCC